AUGGGGCUGAGAUUCUGUGGCCUUUUCACUGAUGAAAGUUGUGAGGUUCUAGCUUCAGCUCUAAAUUCAAGCCCACACCUGAAAACACUGGAUCUGACGGGAAAUAAACUCGGAAACUCCGGAAUGAAGUUGUUCUCUGCCAUAUUAAAAAAUCCUCACUCCAAACUGGAAACUCUAUGGCUACAUGACUGUGGUCUCACAGAUGAAGGAUGUGCUGCUCUGGCUUCAGCUCUGACAUCAAAUCCCUCACACCUGAAAUAUCUAGAUCUGUCUCAUAAUAAAAUAGGACAAUCAGGAAGGAAGCUGUUCUCUGCUGCUCUAGACAAUCCUCACUGUAAAGUGGAAAUACUAAGGCUAAUUGACUGUGGUCUCACAGAUCAAGAUUGUGCUGAUCUUGCUUUAGCUCUGAGUUCAGACAACUCAUGUUUGAGAGAGCUGAAUUUGUCAAAAAAUACUUUUGGAGACUCUGGAAUUAAACACCUCUCUAACAUUAAGAUGCCUCAUUCUAAACUGGAAUCACUUUGGCUUAUUGAUUGUGAUAUCACAGAAGAAGGUUGUUCUGCUCUGGCUUCAGCUUUGACAUCAAACCUCUCACAUUUGAAAAUCUUGUAUCUAUGUGAUGAAAAAGUAGGAAAUGCAGGAGUGGAGCAUCUCUCUGUUGCUCUGAAGAAUCCUGUCUGUGAACUGGAGACACUGGGGCUGUAUGAUUGUGAUAUCACAAAUGAAAGUUUAGCCACUCUGCCUUCAGUUCUCACAGAGAAACUACCCUUCAAGCCAUGUGUUAUUAUGGAUAGUAAAGUGAAUCAAUUCAUUUUGCACAAAUUCAAAGAGAACUCAGAUCAUGAACAGGACUCAUCAUAAUCCUCCUUAAAUUCAGACAAAUACAUUUUGAGAUGUAACUUGUCACAGUUUUAACCAGCACUCAAUUCAUUAUUUACAUUUAUCCAUUAUAUUAAUAUAAAAAAUGAUAUAAAAUAUUAAUACAUUUCUGGAAGCCAUAUGUACAU